AUGACUCAACAAAAAAUUGAUGACCUAUUUUUAUCAUCAUCACCAUCAUCAUCAACUCGUUCUAGUAAACGUUCUCGUAUAAAUCAAAUACCUACAAAUAAUCGUGAUGAAUUUGAUGAUUUAUUUGAAACAAAUACUUGUAUAAAACGUCAACGUACAAAUAAUAUUAAUAAUAAACAAAAUAAUACAGAUGUAUUUGAUUUUAUUGAACCAUCAACAUCAACAAAUUUAAUAAAAAAAAAUGAUAAUAAAAAUAUAAUAGGAUCAUGUAAAAUAAAACGUAAUAUAAUUGAUGAUGAUGACAAUAAAGCUAUAGAUGAACUUUUUAAUAAUAAUAAUAAUACACGAAAAAAAAUUCGACAUCAAAUAAAACAUGAAGAAACAACAGAUUUAUUAGAUAUGUUUAAAACAAGAAUAAAUACAAAUAUUUCUCAAAUAACAUCAUCAACUAUGGAUGAUUUCAAAAUACCAAUAAGUACAAAAACUGAAUCAACACAAAAAAAAAUUAAAAUGUUUUUUGAUGAUACAGAUAUUAUAUCAUUACGUGAACAAGUUAAACAACAAAAUGAUAUCAAAGAUUAUGUUCAUGUCAAACCUGUGUUGGUUACCGGUGGACAAUGGUUAUCAAAACAAGCUGAAACAAAAUCAACAUGUAAAACGACUGACCCAUCAGAUAAUCCAACUGUUAGUGGUGAUAUUCCGGAUGAUCAACGUAAUCUAAUGCAUAUUCAAUAUGCUUCACUUACUAUGGAUGAUGAAAAUAGUACUAGUAAAAAAUCGAAAGGAUCAAAAAGUAAAUCUGUAAUAGAGAAAUCAGAUAAAAGCAUUCUUGAAGGAAAAUCAUUUCAUAAACAAUUUGUUCUAUCUGAUUCAAUAAUUCUACGGAAAGAAAAUCUUCAAAGUUGUUAUAAUGCACUUCUUGAGGAUCUAAAUAAAUCAAGAAUAGCAUCAACAACAUCAUCAUCAAAUAAACAAAAAAAAAGUACAACAUCAAAAAAUUCUCGCGGUAAUGAAAUUAUUCUUAGUGAUGAAGAACAAAUAGAUAAUAUCGAUUUUUUUGAUUUACCAACUCGAAAAAAAAAAUUUUGA